AUGGCCGGCGUCACCGUGCUCAGCGAGCUCCCGUCCCCCUCGCUCUUCCAGUUCCCUCCGGACGGCGCCCACAUGGCAAUCCCCCCGCCGCUCCCGGGUUCCAUGGCCGCCGCACCCCCCUUCGAGAUCCCCGACCACAUCUUCUCCGCCGCCCUCGACCCCAAGGUGCCCAUCACCAUUGCCGCCCUCUACGCCGUCACCAUCAAGCUGUUGAACAAGUACAACCAGUCCACUGGUCGCAAGCCCUGGGCAAUCAGCAAGACGAAGCCCUUCUUCGCCUUUGUCGUUCUGCACAAUGUCUUCCUCGCCGUCUACUCGGCCUGGACUUUCUGGGGCAUGUUGGGAGGCAUGCGCAGGAGCGUCGUGAGCCCUUUUGGCCCCAAUGGCCUGGCUGCCACCGCCGACAGCUUCUGCCAGCUCAACGGUAACGGCGGCUUCGGUGCCGCCACUGUCUACAACGAGACCGUCGGUUUCUGGUCCAGCUUGACCGGACAGUCUGCGCUCGGCUUCGACGGUCGCCCGAGCCGCACCUCCACUGGCAGAAUCUGGAACGAGGGUCUUGCCUUCUACGGCUGGAUCUUCUACCUGAGCAAGUUCUACGAGGUUCUCGAUACCUUCAUCAUCCUGGCCAAGGGCAAGCUCAGCUCCACCCUCCAGACCUACCACCACGCUGGCGCCAUGAUGUGCAUGUGGGCUGGUAUCCGCUACAUGUCUGCUCCCAUUUGGAUGUUUGUCCUCGUCAACUCCUUCAUUCACGCCAUGAUGUACACCUACUACACCAUCACCGCCUUCAACGUCCGCGUUCCCAUGGCGAUCAAGCGAACCCUCACGACCAUGCAGAUCACUCAGUUCCUCGUCGGUGCUUCGUAUGCCAUGCUGCACUCUUUCGUCUCCUACACCGUUCCCGUGACCGUCUACACUUCCAAGAAGGCCGCCGAGGCCGCCGCUUCUGAGGCCGUCACCAGCACCGCUGCCGAGGCCGCUACCACUGCGGCCGCCGGUGCCUUUGAGGGUCUCAAGAACAUGGUCUUCGGCGCCGGUGCCAAGGUCGCCGAGGAGGCUGCAGGCGCGUCCGUCGCCGCCGCUGCUGCUGCCCCUCCCCAGCCGGGCUUCAUCGCCGAGACCGUAUACGUCACCCAGCCGUGCAUCACCACCAGCGGAGAGACCUUCGCCAUCUGGCUCAACGUCUUCUACCUGGCCCCUCUCACCUACCUCUUCGUCAUGUUCUUCAUCCGCAGCUACCUCCGCCGUAGCAGCGCCGAGUCUGCCAAGGGCAAGGGCAAGGUCCGCCGUGAGAGCAACGUCACCCUGGCCGAGAAGGCUGGCUGGGAUGCUGCCCGCGAUGUCAACCGCGAGAUCUACAACGGCUCUACCGAGUAUGCCGUCGAGGGUAGCCCCCGCCGCGGCGCCGGCAAGACCAACAACAAGGCCCGUGCCUGA